CUUCGGUUUUUUACCGUUUACGGGCCAUGGGGACGUCCCGACAUGGCCUUAUUCCUAUUUACCAAAGCCAUUAUAGAAAACCAGCCCAUUCAAGUCUUUAACCAUGGCCAGAUGCAACGGGACUUUACCUAUAUUGAUGACAUUAUUGAAGGCGUGGUUCGGGUCAAUGACCAUCCUCCCAAGGGCAAUCCGCUUUGGGACGGCAAAAAUCCAGACCCUAGCCAGUCCAAAGCCCCCUAUCAAAUUUAUAACAUUGGCAACAAUAGCCCCGUUUUGUUGAUGGAUUUUAUCGAAACUCUAGAAAAAAAGCUGGGCAAAGUGGCCAAAAAAGAAUUUUUACCCUUACAAGCAGGCGAUGUGCCUUCUACCGUGGCCAAUGUGGACGAUUUGGUGCGGGAUUUAAAUUACCAGCCCAAUACCAGCAUAGAAUAUGGCAUUGGACAAUUUGUCGAUUGCGGUGCCUCCCUUUUCAAAAAUCCUCACGGAUUUUUGAAAAGGGAGGCUGAAGGACUUUUGGGGCUUUGCCCCAAAAGCCUUUACGCUGUUUUCUUCGAUGCCGCAGACAUCGGAGAAAACAGCGUCGGCAUUAACUUUAAGGCAAUCUAA